AGAACUCAAAGAUGGGUAAAGUUCACGGUUCCCUCGCUCGUGCCGGUAAGGUCAAGUCUCAGUGCCCCAAGGUUGCCAAGCAAGAAAAGAAGAAGCCCGUUGUUGGCCGCGCCAAGAAGAGAAUCAUCUACAACCGUCGCUUCGUCAACGUUACCACUGCUUUCGGUGGCAAGCGCAAGAUGAACCCUGCCCCUACUGCUGGACCUUAAAUCAUAUCUGAUCAUUUCCCAGAUCUAAGAUGAACAAAGUUCACGUAAUAAAUGAAAAAACAUUAAACCAAAUAUUUCCUGUGCGUAAACUUGCUGUGUAUAGCAUAUUGGGGUUUUGAAAAGAUUUAAAUAAACAACUCGUCACUGUC